GAGUGGGUUCGUGUGCACUCUCCAGAUGGCUAUUCUUUCUUGGUGAAACGAAAAGUGGCCCUUCGCAGUGGCACUCUCAAGAAUAUGUUGAGUGACGAUAGCUUCAGUGAAGCGGCAUCCAAGACCUGCGAGGUGAACGCACGAGCACCUGUGGCGGAAAAGCUGGUCGAGUAUCUGUCUUACAAGACGACCUACGAGAGUGCAGGCCCCAAAGAAGAUAUUCCGGAUUUCUUCGAGCGCAUCAUGCCGGAGAUCGCUUUAGAAUUGUAG